CAUCAUUUUCUGGACAAUAACGUUCAAACCCAAUCUAGGCCGAGUGAUCGCACUAUCAAACCCUGUCGCAGUGUUGAAAAGCAAUCAGGCGGUGUGAGGACAGCCCCGGAGCGCCAAAAGUCCCUGGCCCGCUCCCUCCUGUGAAGACGUAGCUGCGGGUGGUUGUGGUGGCGGCGUCCAAGAUGUCGACCAAGAAUUUCAGAGUCAGUGACGGUGACUGGAUUUGCCCGGACAAAAAAUGUGGAAAUGUAAACUUUGCUAGAAGAACUAGCUGUAAUAGAUGUGGUCGAGAGAAAACAACUGAGGCUAAGAUGAUGAAAGCAGGGGGCACUGAAAUAGGAAAGACACUCGCAGAAAAGAGCCGAGGCUUAUUUAGUGCUAAUGACUGGCAGUGUAAAACUUGCAGUAAUGUGAAUUGGGCCAGAAGAUCAGAGUGUAACAUGUGUAAUACUCCGAAGUAUGCUAAAUUGGAAGAAAGAACAGGAUAUGGUGGAGGUUUUAAUGAAAGAGAAAAUGUUGAAUACAUAGAAAGAGAAGAGUCUGAUGGUGAAUAUGAUGAGUUUGGACGUAAGAAGAAAAAAUACAGAGGGAAGGCAGUUGGUCCUGCAUCUAUUUUAAAGGAAGUUGAAGAUAAAGAAUCUGAGGGAGAAGAAGAGGAUGAGGAUGAAGAUCUUUCUAAAUAUAAAUUAGAUGAGGAUGAGGAUGAAGAUGAUGCUGAUCUCUCAAAAUAUAAUCUUGAUGCCAGUGAAGAAGAAGAUAGUAAUAAAAAGAAAUCUAACAGACGAAGUCGCUCAAAGUCUCGGUCUUCACAUUCACGAUCUUCAUCACGCUCAUCCUCCCCCUCCAGUUCAAGGUCUAGGUCCAGGUCGCGUUCAAGAAGUUCUUCCAGUUCGCAGUCAAGAUCUCGUUCCAGUUCCAGAGAACGUUCGAGAUCUCGUGGGUCGAAAUCAAGAUCCAGCUCCAGGUCCCACAGGGGUUCUUCUUCCCCACGAAAAAGAUCUUACUCAAGUUCAUCAUCAUCUCCUGAGAGGAACAGAAAGAGAAGUCGUUCUAGAUCUUCUUCAUCUGGUGAUCGCAAAAAAAGACGAACAAGAUCACGGUCACCUGAAAGGCACCACAGGUCACCUUCUGGAUCAUCCCAUUCUGGUUCCCGUUCAAGUUCAAAAAAGAAAUAAUGUAUUAAAAUUUACAUCUUAAAACAAAGUCCAAUAUAAUGCAUGAAGCAUAUUUUUUAAGAAGUUGGUGUCUUACUUGGUCAGAAGUGCUAAAUCUGCUAGUAGAGGUGCAUGCCUUUCAUUGCUUUUCAGAACAAUACAGCUGUGUUUAUUUGUGAAAUUAAAAGUAAAUAGUAUUUUAAGCCAUGAUGUACCAAAAUAGAUGCUUUGUUUGUCAUUCAUUAUUUACAACCAUUUGCUUUUUUAAGCUAUAACAUCUCAGCUAUAACAAAGUACUUUGUUUUCUAAUUUAAACUCUUGUUUUUCUCAUCUCCAAAUAUGAGCAUUAUCUAGGCUUGUCUGGACUUUGGGCAUGGAGGCAAGACUGUGGUAAAGUAGUUGGAAACAAUCUGUUUAUGUUAAUCUGGGGAAAGGACUCAGCCUGUUUGUUAACUUGUAUCAAAGUGAGUCUUAUUAGAAAAAGUUUAACAGAGUGUUAAACAGCUAACUAGAAACUUCUUUAUUUUGAAAUUCCCUAUGUUAAGGGUGCCUUAGAAUCAUUGUCUCUAUCCAGUUUUACUUUUUGCACCACCAAGGUUGAUAGAGAAAAAUUUUGUGAAUUACAGAGGAGAAAGAUGUUAGUUUCUGCUUUUCUGACACAGUGAUUUUGAACAAGAAUGCCUAGCAGUUCAUCUCUACUAAUGUGGUUGAUGAGAAAAACAUAUGAAAGUGUUUAAUGUUUUUAGAAGCUUUGUGUGAUACCUUUUAAAAAUUCAGUUAUCACACAAUAGGGUAGACAAAAUUAAAUCCUAGUUAACGAAUAAAUUGAAGAAAGCUUUUGAAAUAUAUUUCUCUUUGGGUAUAAGACCAACAGAGAGAAGACAUGAAUUUAAAUGAACAUUUGCUUUGUGGUGUUUAAACACUGCAUAAAAUUUUCUUCUGAGUAACAAAUGCUUAUUUCCUCAUUUGACAUAAGCAGAAAUAAUUGCUCCUAUUCACUUGAAGUUACUAUGGCUUAAAAUACUUUCAAGAUUUGUUUUAUUUCUCAAAACCUGGUCAUUUGAGCUCUGUUUUGUCUUCUGGUUUUCAAAAAAGGAUUCUCUUAACAGUAUCUUCAGUGACGAUGCAAGGUAAGUAUAUUAAGGGAAAUUGACAGAUCUGCUUGGGAACUUUUUGUGCAUGGGAAUCAAUACCCACAUUUUUUGUUUUUGUUUUUUGUUUGUUUUUCCUUAACAUUAAUGUCUACUGCAACUGAAAAUUAAAAUGUUUUAAGGUACUUAGUAGACAGAUCAAAAUUACAUUUGUUCUUUAUUUUAAAUGAGUGAUUUUUCUCUUCAGUUUAUCUAAAGAUGAAAGUAAAAUAGCUUAUGUAGAAAUAUUUUGAUAAUAUUUUUACAGUGAACUUCCCCUGCUUUUUUUAUGUCUUAAAUUUUUUUUGCUACAUUUACUGUAGGUUGCACAAGAACUUUUACUCUCUUGUAAUUGUGCCUCAGACUUCUUGAAAGUCCACCUUCUAAAUUGCCCACAUGAUCUUCUAGAUUCUACAUGUUAUCGUUGGUUUAUUCUUGUGCUUUCUGUAUUUAAAACUUUGACUGUACUAAUAAGCAAAUGCAAGGUUAUAAAUUUAGCUAAUAGUAGUUUACCGACAAUUUGAAUGAUUAUGAUUUUAUUUGGUUUAAGCUGUACUAGUAUAUUUCAUAAGGAAAUGAUGCUGUAGACAAAUGUAAAUAAAGCUUGUGAGUCAAGCAUCAAGUGGUGUUUGUUAGAAAUAAAUUAGAAUUUUUAAGCUCUGA